CCUCAAAUUGCAGGAGGUGAUGAUUAAAAUCACCUGCUGAACUGAACGCCUGGAAAGAAAACCUGCAGUGUCUCGGCCCUCCGUGGCUUGAGUUUCACACCCCCGGCAUGCAUAAACUGAUGUUACGGUCAGCAUCAAUCAACAUGUCCUUCAUUACAGUGUGGUGGUGUGCAGCCAGGACAUCAUGAGCCACAAGCAGACAGUUUGCUUCUGAGUGCCAGCAGAGACGAGCUGUGUGGUCCCUCUUGUAGAUGCAACGCACAAGGUGGGAGCCAAAAACACAACAAUUGGGGAGACUAAUUCCUUGUCAUGGAUUCAUUUCUUCAAGACCCGACCAUGGCACCACCGCUGAGAAGAAGCAUGACAAGCACCGGACCUGUCAUUGUCUACGAGUGGCUCAAGACCCUCCAGCUGGCCCAGUAUGUCGAAGCUUUCGUGGAUAACGGCUAUGACGACCUGGAGGUGUGCAAACAGAUCGGCGACCCUGACCUGGACGCUAUCGGGGUUUACGUCGCGCACCACCGGCAGAGGAUCCACGACGCGGUGCGCCGGCUGAAGGAGGAAGCCAAAGACGCGGCGAGCGGACUGUACUUCACCUUGGAGCCCAUACCGACCACCGGACACAUGCGAGCCUCCAAGUCGUGGACCGAGGCCAGCAGCGAGCGAGGCGGUCGAGGGGUUGGCUACAUGGGGGCGCAGAGGAACCUGACCCUGGGCAACAACAGGAGGGAGAUGGUCAUCUACCCCAAGCUGAAGCUCAAGAUCAUGAUCCGGGAUAAACUCAUCAGAGACGGCGUCAAUCUGGCCAGACUUCCGUACUCCAAUAAGGAUGGUUCACUGGGCAAUAUAGAUGACCUUGCUCAGGAGUACUCUGAGUAUUACAACACCUGCUUCAGCGACGUCAGCGACCGCAUGGAGGAGCUACGCAAAAGACGAGUAUCCCAAGAGCUCGACAUGGAGAAACAGGACCCAAACAAUGUGUCUCUGCAGCUUCGCACAGAGAUCCAGGAGUCACUCGGCUUCAGCAGUGAAAUGUCCACUCCAGAAACAGACAGAAAGAUGUCCCUGCACAAAUCCAGCUCUGAAGAUGGAUCAGGAGGUAAAUGGGACAACAAGAAGAAGAACAAGUCCUUCUGGCAGAACUUCCGCAAGUCUCAGCACAAACCUGUUGUGCGGCAGACAUCCAAAGGUGAGGACAUUGGCUACGUGGCCAGUGAGAUCACCAUGAGCGAUGAAGAGCGAAUCCAGCUGAUGAUGAUGGUGAAAGAGAAGAUGAUCACCGUGGAAGAAGCUCUCGCUCGGCUGAAGGAGUAUGAGCGCAGCAGACAGUCCGGCAGUACUGACACUGCAGAGUGGACUGACGGAUCUGCAGCCAGUCUAAACCAGUCCUCAAACUGCAACCAGUCUCGUGAACAGUCUGACGACGAGCAAUCGGAAGAUUCUGUGAAGUUCAAACGGCUUCACAAGCUGGUCAAUUCUACCCGUCGAGUCAGGAAAAAACUCAUUAAGGUGGAAGAGGGCAAGAAGCAUGGCUCUGAAGACUUCCUAAAUGUGGAGUCAGUCCUCACCUGUGACGACAACUCAGCGUUGUACACAGGGGUCCUGAAGAAGACCUCCUUGCCCCAGGAGGCCUCCCUCAGCCAGGAUCAACUCUCUGUGGAUGGCGACACAGACAGCCUGACCACCUCCCCUUCCUCCAGCAGCCUGGACACCUGGUCUGGACACCGGCUGGUCAAGACCUUCAAUAAGUCUUCCAGUACCCACGGCCUCAUCCGCCCCCCAAGGAGAACCACUCAGGGCGGUCUCGGGGGUUCGAUCUCCGGCGUAGGAGGUAGCGGCUCCUCCUUCUCGGAGCUGGAUGGCUGUGGAUUGGACGACGAGGGGAAGUUAUCGCGUUCCACGACCGACGGCGAGAUGCGGAAGGCCCUGAGCUCCAUCUCCCACGGGGUAAGUAACAACGAGGCCCUGUACGCCUUUUACGGACUCACCAAACCUCGCCCCAAAGCCCAGUCCCGCCGCCUCAUCUCCCUGGACGAUGACCCCCUCCAAGGCAGCCCCAAGUAUCACACUGCCACCCGGCACCACGGCAGCUGGACGCACAGGAAACCCGACCCCAACUACUCAUACUCCACCAAACACCUCCUGUACCAACGUUCGCGCAACUCCAAGACCCCCGUCUCCCCCUUGUGUGUCACUCCAUCAUCCCCCGCCCGCAGCGACGUAGCCAAAUCUAAAGGUUUCAGCGUGGGAGGGGGCUGGGUGUUCCCCCCUCGCAGGCUGCGGGGUCGAAGCGCAGUCAGCGAGCUGAACAUCACCUACGUGGUAGAGCGGAGCCUGUACGGUCACCUCAACUGGGCCCAGCUGGUCCGCCCGGUGACGCUCAGCCGAGCUGAGCGCCGUUGUCUGUUGGAGGAGGACCGCGAGGCGGACAGGAAAUGGGCGGCCAGCGUGGACCGCUGCACCAAGCGCGUGCUCUUACGCAUCCAACAGAAGUCUAGAACAUGCAGCUUUGGUGGCUUCGACCUGUCCAACCGUUCCCUGCAUGUGCUCAACACAGAGGCCCAUAAUAAAGAGCAGGAGGCCAUAUACAGAGAGGUGGUCAAGUCCCCCACGACCUCUCGGAUCUCACUGGGCAAGAAGGUCAAGUCCGUGAAGGAGACCAUGAGGAAGCGCAUGUCCAAGAAGUACAGCAGCUCUUUGUCCGAGCAGUCCAGUCCAGACGGAACACCUGGUUCUCCACAGUCCCCCCAGCCUGACAGUGACUCCCUGGAGAAGCCCAAACUCAAGGCUGGCGGUUCAGUGGAAAGUCUUCGCAGUUCGCUGAGCGGCCAAAGCUCAAUGAGCGGCCAAACCGUGAGCACCACCGACUCGUCCGCCAGCAACAGAGAAAGUGUCAAGUCGGAGGACGGCGAUGACGAGGAACCGCCUUACAGGGGUCCGUUCUGCGGCCGCGCACGAGUCCACACGGACUUCACGCCGAGCCCUUACGACACAGACUCCCUCAAACUGAAGCGGGGCGACGUGAUCGACAUCAUCAGCAAGCCGCCCAUGGGCACCUGGAUGGGCCUGCUCAACAACAAGGUGGGCACCUUCAAGUUCAUCUACGUGGAUGUGCUGAGCGAGGAAGAGGAGAAGCCCAAGCGGCCGGUGAGGAGGCGGAGGAAGGGCAGACCACCCAAGCCGACGUCCGUGGAGGAGCUGCUGGAACGCAUCAACCUCAAGGAACACAUGCCCACAUUCCUGUUCAACGGCUACGAGGACCUUGACACCUUCAAGCUGCUGGAGGAGGAGGACCUGGACGAGCUGAACAUCAGAGACCCUCAACACAGAGCUGUGCUGCUCACGGCUGUAGAGCUGCUGCAGGAAUACGACAGCAGCAGCGAUCCAGAACGCGGCGGCGGCCUGUCGGGCUCCCAGGAGAAACUGCUGUCCGAGGGUCAGGGUCUGGUCGGAGACUCCCCGCGGGACUCCGGUUGCUAUGAGAGCAACGAGAACCUGGAGAACGGUAAGAGCAAAAGGACAUCCCGUUCCGGUCGCUCUUCCGCGGGCCAGUCUCCGGACUAUCCCACACUCCCCAUGACUAUCUCCAGUGAGGCGUUGCAGCAGAACAGCAAGAACCAGCGCCCAAAGUUCCCUAAAAGCUUGUUCAGCAAGCCCUCCCUGAAGGCUUUCAACCUGCUGGGGCUCCGCAAAGCCCAAAGACAUUCGCCCAUCCCGGCCAGUCGCAGCUGCGAGGACCUGGAUGAAACCUUCCAGCCAACUGGAUCGUGGAAACGCUCCCACUCUCUGGGAGACCUGCACUGGGAACAGACGGAUGUGGGGGUUCAAGCUGGUCUAGAAGGGCUCAGUUUGGACACCAGUGGCCCCAUUAAGGUCUGUAGAAAUGAGGGUUCUCCGAUUCGAAACAGGACUCCACCUGUGAGUCCAAAACCAAGGUUUGACAGACCACCUGUGCCCUCGCAGUUGCCUCUACGACCCCCUUGCCCCACCACCCAAGCCCCCUCCCCUCCAGUGCCAACUCCAAGUCCCCCUGAGUCCAAUGCAGGUCAUGAGAGGGUGGUGCGGACUCAUGCCAAAAAGCCACCAGUACCACCUCCCGUCCCUGCUAAAAAGUCCAGAGAGAGACUCGCCAACGGUCACACCCCACUUUCACUACCAUCCUCGCCGUCCCCCGCCCCCUCCCCGACGCACUCGCUCACCCGCUCCCACCCGAGCAGCCCCGUAACUCGAUGUGGCGCCACUCCGCCGCCGCUGCCCGCCAAGACGCCGAGCACCCCCAGCAGCCCCUGCAUCACCUCGUCGGCCUCGUCCCCUGGAGGAGAUGAGGCGGGCGCCUCCGUGCCGCCCCCUUGGCUCUCGGACCUGGGGGGCAAGGUGGCCGUGUCGAGGAAGGCGUCCCAUUCCAAGAUGAGUCCCGACCUGCUCACCUUGCUGGAGCAACGGCUGGAGGCUGAGGGCAUCGAUCUCACUGAGGAGCCUUACUCGGACAAGCAUGGCCGCUGUGGAAUCCCCCAGCCUCUGGUGCAGCGUUACUCCGAAGACCUGCAGCAGCCCGUAAAGGAAGUGGCCUCCAUCAUGGACCAGCUGAGGGUCCGAGAAUUGCGCAAACAGCACCGCAUGGCUAUCCCUUCCGGCGGUCUGACCGAGAUGUGCCGCAGACCCCCGCCCUCGGGCAACAUCAACACCGUCUCCGACUGGCUGGUCUCCAUCGGCCUCCCCAUGUACGCCCCGACUCUGGCGGUGGCGGGCGUCGACUCCCUGAGCGCGGUGGCCUCGCUGACGGAAAGCGGCGCGUGGGAGGCCGGGGUGCGGGACGAAGGACACGCCCGCCGCAUGAUCAGCGAGGCCCGGCUGGUCGUCGCGCGCAGAGACGCUCAGUCGUAAAGAAAGGUGGUCAGGAAUCAGACUGAUGAAGGGAGCGCAGAACUCGUCCUGUUGUUUACCGCAACUUGGGAUCAUCCUGGAUGCUAAAAUGAUGCCUUUUUUUUUCUAAAGUGAGGGAAACUUUCUUACUGAAGACCCCAAAAUAAAGAAUCUGCCUUGGAGGAAGACAGCACAUCAUUUUGGAGGAUUUUUUUUUUUUUUUUCACAAGUGCUUGGAAAUCUUGUGAAGCGGCUAUUUUAAGAAAGUAGCGCCGCCAAAGUGACAAACUAAACACAAUAAAUAUGAACAUGUGGCUGACUUAUAUUCUACCAUCUUUCUGUAUUAUAGAACGCUUCCGUUUCAAAUGUGCCAUCAUUUCCAAGCUUCAAAAGCACAUCCACGCUCUAGCCAAGCACAUUUUCACGAUACAUUGCCUUAGCAUUACAGUAUGAAUGAAUGAGUGUUUAUCAUAGUCAAUGCCUUUUUUUAUUGAAUGUGCCAGACAGUUGAUUUUUUUUUUGUAUUCUAACUUAUAAAGGAAAAAAAAACUUAUUUGGAAAUAAACACGCAAUUUCAACACAGUGGAACCUCUAAAAGUCAACGUGUCGUCAUACAAUUCAUAAAUAAAAAAGUUAUGCCUCUGAAGUCGCACCAGUCUUGGACAUUCACACUGCCGGAGCACAACACGUCGAGUUCAGCGAGCUUCGCAGGAGUAAAUCUACUUUUUCUUUGGCUUUUCCUUAUUCCAAAAGGGAAGAGAAGACGUGAGGUCAAGCGCGUUGCCAGUUGGAGCAUCACUGUGUGGAUUUUUUACAGUUAAGCAUGGAAGAAAGGCGCAUCGUGAACGAAUCAGCUGAUUCUGAUUUAGUCAGCCUUUCAAUGUAAGAUCAAAAGCAUUGUUGCUUAUCAAAGGUAGUGUCUGUUUGCACUGGGGGGUUUUAAUUUUCGAAAAAUGUGCGGUUAACUUUUUACACUUGUGACAGUUAAUGUAAGAGAAUUAGGCGCAUCGGUGAACGUAUCAAAUUCUCACUGGGUUUCAUUAGCCUUACGUAAGGUCACAUGCAUCGUGACUUGUCAAAGCUACCGUCUUGUCCGCGUUUGUUUGUUUUUUUUUAAACAUUUUCCAUUGGUGAACUUCUUUUUACACUUGUGUGACAGUUGAUGUUAGAAAAUAAGGUGCAUCGCUAAACAAAUCAGCUUAUUUUAUUUUAGUAGACUUUUUCCUCCCGAUGUAAAAUCACAUGCACUGUUACUUAUCAAAGGUAGAAGGUUUGGGGGGGGGGGGUCACUUCUUCACGUUUUUGUGUGACAGCUAAGCGUGUAAGAAAUGUAGAUUUUGUUUUAUUAGCCUUUUUCCCCAAACAUAACAUAGGCAUCGUUACCCAUCAAAAGUGGAUUAGUUAGUUCCAGGGGUCCGCUUCUUUUUACGCUUGUGUGACCGUUAAGAAUGUUACAAAAUUAGGCGCACCGGUCAACCAAUAAACUUAAUAUUUCGUUUCAUUGACAUUUUUCAUGAACUUAAGAUCAUACGCAUUGUUACUUAUCAAAGGUAGAAAGUGUUUUCCGUUUUUUUUUUGUUUUUUUUUUAAUGUUUCCACGGCUUCACCUUUUUUUUACACUUGAGUGACAGUCGAGGGUGUUAGAAAUUAUUACUUAUCGAAGGUAGAAUGUUUUCUGGGGGGUGUUCUGUUUUCCAGUGGUUAACUUACGUGUGACGGUUAACAAUGUAGAAAAAUGAGGUGCAGCAGUCAAUCAACUUAUUUUAUUUUACUUCUUCCCCGAACGUAAGACCAUACGCAUCAUUACUUAUUGAAGGCAGAUUGUUUUGGGGUAGGUCUCCCCCCCACACACUUUUACACUUGUGUGACAGUUAAGAACGUAGGAAAAUCGGUAAACAAAUCAACUUAUUUUGUUUAUUAGGCUUUCUCACAAAUGUAAGAUGAUUGUUAGCAAACGUAUAGCGUUUUUUGUUUGUUUUGUUUACAUUUGCAGUGGUUAACUUCUUUUUACACAAUUAAGAAUGUAAAAAAAAUUGAUGAAUGAUGUUUUAUGAGCCUUUUCUUGUUCUGAGGUCAACCUAGCAACAUAGCUGGAUGCCGCCUGUGUGGAAAGAUGACGCUCACUGCGAUGUUGAAAGCAUUAACCAUAACAGCUGAACUUAUUUUUACACUUGUAUGACUGGAAGCGUCCCGGCCAUGAGAUGAUAGUUGGGCUAGCGUGAGUAUAUCCCGCUUGAAAAAAAUAUCCAAACCAGCCUCA